UAUCCAAUUAGGGUUAUUCCUGAUGCGCAUAAUAAGACUAUUUGGUCGAUGGACUUUCAUCCGGUGGGGCAUACAUUAGCUACUAGUUCGGUUGAUAAUACAGUGAAGUUUUGGGCUCGAUCAAGACCGACCACCGAAAGUACUUCAGGCGAGCAGGAGGGUGUGGCUUUUGAACACGAAAAGAUACCUGGGAUUGGGUAUUCCAUGCAGGAGUAA